AUGAAGACUGAGGCGAGUGAGAGUCGGAGCAAUUGCUCGUCUUCAACCGAGGUAGAAUCCGGUUCACAAGGCAAGUCAGAGAAGGACUGUGAAAUGGAGAUGAGUUCCAAAGGCUCCGACCCUGCAAUCUGGGAAGAAAUUGAGCUUUCCGAGAGCUACCUUGUUUGCUCAAUGUAUGAGGAGGCAGCGUCAUCAGCCUCCUCUAUUUUGAAGCGUCUUUCUAAACAUAGUGAAGACCUUGAAGCCACAGACCAUUUUGAAUUGUAUGACAUGUUGGAAUCGGCUGGUAUGGUGCUUGUCCAAUCCUUAAGAGAACUUGGAAGGACAUCAGAAAUUAUGCACGAGCUCAAACUAUUAUUUGCUUUUGUUCCUACUAUCCCUGUUCAAGUUCUUCUCACUGGGAUAUGUUUUUAUUUAUCAGAAGGGCACUCUCUUGGUGUUCAAGAAUUUCUGGAAGAGUUCCUUAGCAGGUGGACUUUUGUCAAUGAACAAUAUGUUCUUGUUGGUACAGAAGAAAAUGCAGAUUGCACGGAAAAAUGUGAUGGGCCUUUUCUUUUGGGAGUUGAUAAGUAUCUAGAAGUUGUUGAGGUCUAUGUUCUGAAACUUCUGGGAACCAUUUUGAAUGAUGUUGACCUUGCAUCCUCUUGGGUCGAGAAUGCUAAAUUACCUGAGGACAGAAGACAGGUACUUCUGAGAAGAUUACACUCACUGCAUUCUGUUAAAGCCACUAAUUCCUCACAAGGUACCUUCUCAUCUUUGCUGGUGGACGACAAUGAAGCUCAUUCAUCAUGUUUGCAGCAGAUAACUGUGCCAGAUGGAUAUCCAAAAACCAAAUACCCCCCAAAGGGAGACACUGCUAAGAACCAAGCAGUUUUUAAUUUAUCUAAAAGAUUGGAACCAUGUUUCUGGUGGUUCCGUACCAUCACUCUGAAAUUUGGAAGUGCUCGGGUGGUAAUAUCUAAUGGAAAGAUUGUCCUGGGCUUCUUGAUUCUGCUCAUAUAUUAUGUUUUCCGGAGGAAACAAGCUACCAUAAAGAGAAUUGUUCGGAGACAAACUUUAUCAAUGAAGAAUGCUCUGGUAGACUUGUGGCAGCUUGCAUUUUCAUACCAGGUGAAUCCUUUAGCUGCUGUUCAACCUCUCGCGACUGCAACAAGGUCAGGCCAGUGA